AUGGCAGAUUCUCAGGAAAAUACUUACACCCUCUUUUGCGUGCUCAAGGAUAACCCACAUUCUUCGUUUUCUGUUAAACCUCCACCCUCAGCAACAGUAGACGAUGUGAAAGUGGCCAUUAUGCCGGGGGCUACGCCUCGCACUCGGAUUACAGUCACGUUGUAUUCCACCAAACUUCCUGAUGAUUCUAGUUUGGCAGAGAAUGUGCGAAUAGCAAUAUCAAAGAACCCACAGCCACUCCGGUCCUCAACAAAGUUGUAUCAAAUCUACUCGUCCCCUCCUCCGGAAGAGACGGUGCACAUCAUUGUUGAACUCCCUUCAGGUAGGCAGCUCGUCAAAGUGGUCGCAUUUUAUUGGUGGCUGACCGAUUUAUUCCUCUUUUUGUACCAACGUCACGCGACUCCUCUGGCUCGUCCGGUAAGUCAACCCACGUUGAAAAUAAUGCCGGUCAGUCCAGUUCGACACUAG